AUGGCAUUCCCUUUUGGCAACAAGAAGAAGAGCGCCGCCGCUACCCAGGCCAGCGACGACGCAAGCGUCCUGGUCAACGUUCCUAAGGAACCGGGAAAACUCAAGACAUUCAUGAUUGGCACAUUCGGAUGUUUUUUUCCCGACGGCGCCUCCGUCAUUGGUGAGGCUCCGAAGGCUGUGCGCCCCGUUGUCGUCGCAAACGGCGGCCAGGGCAGCAACGCCGCAACUCCCACUGACCCCGUGGCGGCCCGCCCGGGUACAUCUGCCGGUGCUGCUGUGACCACCACUGGCAAUGGCAAUGGCAAUGUCGCCCGUGCUCCCGAGGAGCUCAUUGCGUUCUCCAACAUCCUCGCCGGCGUUGGUCAGGAUGGUGUCGGAUCCGGUCAGGCUGCUCCCCAGCAGGCUGCUGCCGCUGCCAACGAGGCCCAGGCAAGCGCCAAGGUCGACAAAGGCAAGGCGGUUGAUGUCAAGGCCAAAUAG